AUGGACGCCUCCCCGUUCAAGAAGCUGCCUGCCGAGACUCGCAACAAGAUCUACGAACUCGUGAUCGGCACACGACCUUCCAAGAAGGCCACGAACAUCGGCAAAGCGUGCCAAGUCUCGAUCGCCCGCGUAUGCAAGCAGAUGCGGGCGGAGACUCUACCCAUGUGCUUCUCCAACAUCACGGCGCGGAUCAACGUCGUCAGCAACUUCGCCCUGCCCUUCAAUCACAAGCACGAAACCGCCGGUCUCGACCACCACUGGGGCCCUUGCCGUGCGUCAUUCCUCAAGGGAGCCUCCAACAUCAUGGCGGUGGCUCAGCGCAUCGGCAUGCAUCCUCAGGCUUGCUACGAUGGCGUCGCCCGACUGAAUCUGCGCAUCAUCCUCGAUGCUGAGGACUAUGAGUUUGGACUGGCGUGGCAGGUCUGGGAACCGCAUCUGCGGGAGUUGGCGAGAGCUCUCGACCAGCGGGACCUCGACGGUGGGCGACUUUGUGUACGAGUGGAGUACCAUACCUUCAGCGUGGAAGAGAAGAAGGUAAUACCGCAACAUUUGAGGAUGGCGUUCGAGGGGCUGGGCUUGAGACUCGAUGAGGUGAGGUGCCUUCUGGACAGGGAUUUGAAGCUCGAGAUGGACAACCUGCGCAAGGAGUGGCGUGACUUGUUGGCAAGACAGGCCGCAGCAAAGGAGGUCGCAGCGAAGGAGACCGCCCGUGAGAGACGGCUACGUCUUGAAGCUCAGCAAUGGUGGCGACCGUGGUCUUUUUACUUGGACCUUGAGCGUGUGGAAUUCGAUGAUCCCAUCAAGGCCAUAGUGUUCAGUCGGGCACCUUUCGUGCACUCAGCAGCACUUGCUCGGGGUGAAGAUGUCGGAAACCUGGACGACGAGCAGCCGGGCUACAUAGGUCCAGGCUGGACAUUCUGCGGCGGCGGUGGGAAUCUCGUUCCUCCUCUUUGGCUGCCAUCGGAUAGUGUCCACCCUCUACUGCAACAGUACCGCGAAGAGAUGCUCGCUGGCUUGGAGAAGGAGUGA